AGUUCAGCAGGCAACCCUGCAAAAUGGAACUGCUUUCACUGUGGGUAACUAAAUAGCUUCUGAUUCUCUGAAGACGUGGACCUGGGCCCACUCAGGCCAGAGGAGACGGCAAGGACCCAGGCCCUCUCAGGCCAGAGGAGACAGCCAGGACCCAGGCCCUCUCAGGCCAGAGGAGACAGCCAGAACCCAGGUCCUCUCAGGCCAGAGAAGACAGCCAGAACCCAGGCCCUCUCAGGCCAGAGGAGACACAGCCAGAGCCCAGAGGUGUUUUUUUUUUGGUUUUUGUUUUUGUUUUUGUUUUUUUAAUUAUUGAACUUGACCUUAUACCUGAAGAUGACAAACAGUUCAACGUUCUGUCCGGUUUACAGAGAUCUGGAACCAUUUACCUAUUUUUUUUAUUUAGUUUUCCUCAUUGGAAUUAUUGGAAGCUGUUUUGCCACGUGGGCCUUUAUACAGAAAACCACAAAUCACAGAUGUGUCAGCAUAUACUUAAUUAAUUUGCUUACAGCUGAUUUCCUGCUCACCCUGGCAUUACCAGUAAAAAUCGUUGUUGACUUGGGUGUGGCACCCUGGAAGCUAAGGAUAUUCCAUUGCCAAGUGACAGCCUGCCUCAUCUACAUCAAUAUGUACUUAUCGAUUAUCUUCUUAGCCUUUGUCAGCAUCGAUCGCUGUCUUCAGUUAACACACAGCUGCAAGAUAUACCGAAUACAAGAACCCGGGUUUGCCAAAAUGAUAUCCGCUGUCGUGUGGCUCAUGGUCCUGCUGAUCAUGGUGCCGAACAUGGUGAUUCCCAUCAAGGACAUCAAAGAAAAGUCGAAUGUAGGUUGCAUGGAGUUUAAGAAGGAGUUUGGAAGAAACUGGCAUUUGCUAACAAACUUCAUCUGUGUGGCAAUAUUUUUAAAUUUCUCAGUCAUCAUUUUGAUAUCCAACUUCCUUGUAAUCAGACAACUCUACAGAAAUAGAGACAAUACAAACUAUGCAAGUGUGAAAUCAGCUCUGCUCAACAUUCUCUUGGUGACAGCUAGUUACAUCAUAUGCUUUGUUCCUUACCACGCUGUCAGGAUCCCAUACACCCUCAGCCAGACAGAGGUCAUAUCUGAUUGCUCAACGAGGAUCGCACUCUUCAAAGCCAAAGAGGCCACACUGCUGCUGGCUGUGUCUAAUUUGUGUUUUGAUCCAAUCCUGUACUAUCAUCUGUCAAAAGCAUUUCGACUAAAGGUCACAGAGACUUUCGCCUCACCUAAAAAGACCAAGGGUCUGGAAGAAAGACUGAGAAGUGAGAAUGAUGUGUAAAACGCAGGCUUUGCACGUUAGUCCUUCUUCCCGACUGGACCAUAAAGCUGGUCACAUUUUUUUCAAAGAUAAAAGAAGAUGCUGAGAUAGAAGAAGAUGCUUAGGGAUAAGAGCCACCAAUAGCUAGUAAACAGGGUCUGGCUCAUGCAGGAAGUCCUUUCCUCAAUACUAGCCAACCCUGUGCUCUCACAGUUGCUGACACUCUUUAUCUAACAAAGCACACUGAACCAAGGCCAACUGAAAUGAUCAAAGUGAGGAGAGCCAUGGCAAAGACUCAGAGAUUCACUUCAAUUUCUGGAACAUUUAAUUUCUUCAUGAAAAUAUAUCAAAUAAUCUACAUCUAAGUUGCCGGGGAGCCCUUCAGCGAUAACCUUAAAGGUCUUCGGCAACCUAGAAGAAUAAAAGCAAAAUACCUGCAUCAUUUUUAAUUUAUAACUAUUGCCUUGAAAGGUAUUAAAUGCUCUUUAUUC